AUGACCAACAUCUCCACAGUGACCAGAUUCCUCCUCCUGGGGUUCUCCGAUGUCCGAGAGCUGCAGCUGGUCCACGCUAUACUGUUCCUCCUUGUCUACCUCGCAGCCUUGUUGGGGAAUCUCCUCAUUAUUUCUAUCACAACCCUGGACCAGCACCUUCACACCCCCAUGUACUUCUUCCUUAAGUACCUGUCUUUCAACGACCUAUGUUUCAUCUCCAUCACCGUCCCCAAAUCCAUCGCCAUCUCCCUGACUAAUAACAAUUCCAUCUCUUUCCUGGGCUGUGCCUCCCAGGUCUUUCUGGUCAUCUUGUUUGGUAGUUCAGAGUUUUUUGUUCUCAUAGCGAUGUCCUACGACCGCUAUGCUGCCAUCUGCCUCCCCCUGCGCUAUGAACUCAUCAUGGAUAGAUUGGCCUGUGUGCAGAUGCUGGCCGCCUCUUGGCUCAGCGGGAGUCUGUUUGGAGUCUUGUUUUCAGUUUCAACAUUCUCCUUGCCCUUCUGUGGGUCCAACACUGUCCAGCAGUUCUUCUGUGAUGUCCCUUCACUGCUGAAAAUUUCCUGCUCUGAGGACCACGUUGUUACUGAUAUGAGUUUAGUUGUUGCGGCAGUGGUAGUUGUCGUCGGUUUCAUUUGCAUCAUCAUCUCCUACAUCCGCAUCUUCUCAGCCAUGCUGAGGAUUCCAUCCUCUGAGGGCCGGAAGAAGGCCUUUUCCACCUGCCUGCCCCACCUCACUGUCGUCACAUUUUUCCUCUCUACAGGUUUAUUUGCCUCUCUCAAGCCUCCCUCAGUCACUUCCUCGGGCCUUGACCUGAUAGUAUCUAUAUUCUAUAUUGUGAUACCCCCCACUCUGAACCCCCUCAUCUACAGCCUGAGAAACAGGGACAUGAAGGCCGCCCUGAGGAGGACACUAAAAGGGGAAAACACCCACUGGCUCCUGUGGGAUAAUCUGUGUGUUUCCUUGUGCUGA